AUGGGCUCAGACCGACUGCUCGAUCCCUCAGAUGCCCUUCCCAAUUCUCUAGGCGUCGGUAGGAAGAGGAAUGAGCGGGCGCGCAGUGAAAGCCGCAAGCCAAGAGGCAACUACAGGAAGCUUCUUUGGUUCAAGCAGCCCUUUCCCGACAACUACACAGAUGAGACGACGUUCCUUGACCAUCUCCAGCGGAAUCCGCGCCUGCAACCUUAUGAAUUCUGGUCGCUCAUGGCCGAUGCGUCUGUCAUUGUGCAGCAUCUCGCCUCUGUUGCCAUAUUCUGUUGUUGUUUCGUAGCCAUCAUCCAGGGUAGAGUGUCACCCGUAGCGGUAGUGGGCUGGGCAAGCCUCUGCACUGUUUCGGCGUGGGCCCUCUGGGACCACUGGAUGGGGCAAUCGAUGUCGUCCUCCUUGGACAUACUCCCAGCGCCUACACCUCCACACACUGCAGGCGAGACUUCUACAUCGUCUCUCUCGCCACGCACCGAGCAGCGAUUGGCAACUGCCAAAUCCGCCGUAUUGAUCUACGCUGCUCUACUUGGGCUCAGUCCAAUUCUCAAGUCGCUAACGCGCUCAACAACGAGCGACUCCAUUUGGGCUCUUAGUACCUGGCUACUUAUGAUCAAUGUCGCUUUUUUCGACUACAGCGGGGGUUCGGAAGCACAUCUACCGGCCUCUAUAUCGACAAACUCUGCUAUGAUGGCGUCGGCUGUCCUUGCAUCGCGCCUACCCUCCACUACACACGUGUUCUCUCUGACUCUGUUCUCUAUUGAAGUUUUUGGCUUGUUUCCAAUCUUUCGUCGACAGCUUCGUGCCAGGUCCUCCUGGGGUCAUCUUAUCCUGACUGUCAUGUUGAUUUCGACUGCAGGGGGUGGCGUUUUUGUCACAUUGACCGGCAGUGGUCGAGGCGCAUUCUUGGUGGGCAUGAUACUAGGAGGCAUCGUCACCUUCUUCUGCAUGGGUCUCUGCAGCUGGUGGCUUAUUGGGUUGCAGAAAUAUAAGAAUGAAAUCCAUGGCCCUUGGGAUCCUGCAAGGCCAAUCAUUCGGCGGCACUGGGAUUGA